AUGGAGACACUCGAAGUCUUGGCAUCCAUUACAAGGCUGAGCGAUCGCGUAGUGAGAGUGUUGGGCCAGAACCCAGGAAAAUUCACACUUCAAGACAAACGGCUUUGCAGGACAAACACCUAUCUCAUCGGCGAGCGCAACCCCUACACGCUCAUUGACACCGGCGAAGGCAAAGACGCCUACAUCCCCCAUCUCGAAUCCGCCCUCUCCGAUACCUGCAAGUUCACGAACCCAAAUGAACCCCACAUUUCCGAUAUCAUUAUCUCUCAUUGGCACCAGGACCACACAGGCGGGCUCAACUCCGUCCUUUCGCUCUUGCGGAGAAUGUGGAAUGAGCGCAACACACCGGCUCAGUUUAAGCCGCCCCGUAUCCAUAAAUUCCCCUUUGUGAACGUGUCGCCUGACUUAAACACAACUAUUGCACCACCACCCUCAGGUACAUACACCCCCACCGCUAACGGUGCCUUCCUGCACGACCUCGCACACGGCCAGCUUCUCCCCAUAACUGGCUCACCCUCGCCCAUGCGAGUCAUUCACGCCCCAGGACAUACCACCGACUCCAUCUGCCUCCAUGUCCCCGACGACCGCGCCCUCUACACAGCUGACACCGUCCUAGGCCAGGGAACAGCGGUGUUCGAGGAUCUAGGAACAUAUAUCUCCUCCCUGCGCGAGCUCCUCGCAUUUCAGUCUGAUUAUACUGUGUUGUACCCUGGGCAUGGCCCUGUUGUCGCUGAGGGCCCUAAGCUUAUCGGUACAUACAUCGCGCAUCGUAUGGAGAGGGAGGCGCAGAUUGUUAGCGUCAUUGAGAAACCUAGUCCUGACGGGCAGCCUUGGUCUACGUGGGGAAUUGUAUCCACGAUAUAUUCUGCGUACCCGCAGAAUCUAUGGGAGCCUGCCUCGCGAAGUGUUAAUCAGCAUCUUGGGAAGCUUCAAGCUGAGGGCAAGGUGAAGAAAGUUGGGGGCGAGGGCAAGGAAGUCAAAUGGGAGCUGCUAGCAAAGCUAUGA